AUGGGCGUGUCUUCAAACGAAUCGAUACAGUUAUGCAUUUUUGAUCUGAGGAGAGGCCAAAACGAGGGCCAAGAGCUCGAUAAGAUCCUCUUCUUCUUCCCCGCGGGCUUGCCCUUCUCCAAGCAACUCUCCGUCAUUGGCCUCAGCGAAGGGCUCAUCACCUUCACAAGAAUCUUCUCCCCCGAGGCUGCUUGCGAGGUCAUCGAAGCUGAACGGCAUUCGCAUGUUUUCCACGAGGCCGAACCAGAUAUUUGGAUUAUCAUGGUGGUGGAGAAAAGCAAUGAUUCAGAACCUAUAUGGAGAGAUGAUGCUUUAAGAAAAGUUCUCAAGGAAAUUCACUCACUUUUUGUAAUGUUUCAUGGAUCUAUUAGAGCAAUGCUGGAGAAAGAACCUGGUGGAGGACUAACAAGACGGCAUUUAUAUUCCUUCAUCAUGGAUUAUCUGAGGGAUUUUCUUGCGGGGAAAAAGCUUCUUUUACCAUCAUUCCGUGAUUGCUUAAAGGAACGCAGAACUGUGCAGAUGCUGACAAUUGGUCGGGAAGCUGCAAUUGAGGUUCAGUCCCUUGUCAGGGUGCUUGAAUCUUCUGCUGGAAACACUAUCUGCUACUCUUUGAUUUUAUUUCAAGACCUGCUAGUGUCCACAACUCUAUCCCCUGAUGACACCAUAAAUUUAUUCACAUAUGCGGUGCUAAGGUUGACUCCUCAUGCUCUAUCUGCUGGAACAAGUUCCUGGUCCUACUUAAGGAAAGGAAGUACUGCAUCCAAUGUUGCCACUGAGUCUAACGUGGCCCAUCCAAACUCUAUGUCUGAAAGCUUUUAUGGCUCAUCUGAUAUAUCCUCUGGUGAAGAUAACCACUAUCAUGUUGUGAGGCCCUUACAGAGUGACAAGUGGUCUAAAGGAAAAGAUGGUUAUCUUGUCACUGAUUUAUGGGGUGCAGAAGUUGGUACGUGGGUGUUUGCCACUCCUACAGUUUUGCUUCAACAGACAGGACAGAAAAUGUAUCUCUGUGUUUAUCAGCAUAGAAGCCUUACUUUAAUGCUUCUGAUUCCUGUAUCAUCCGUACUUAAUGGGGAGCAAGGUGUGUCAGCAGUGAGGCAGCAAGUUAUCGAAAAUGCAUCACUUAAGAUACUGAAAGUUGAAGAGAAGCUAUCCAAAGGAUGGGGUGGUGAGAAUGCAUAUCACGUUAGUGGGUACCGCUACUUACUAGUAGACGGUGAUAGAAAUAUAUCCAGGGCUUCUCCAGCAACAAAAGUUACAACUUUAACAAAGGAGUCCUUACUUGCUAUGAAUAAGCUAAGGCAAGAGGUGGAGUUGGAAAAGAAUAGAGCGAAACUGGAUAGCUGUAAUGUUGAAAAAGAUUUAGAAAUGUGCGUUAGAGCAAAAAAUAAUGCAUGGGUUAUUUCUCGAGUCACAAGAGGGAAGGAACUUUACAUGGUUCUAGAGAAAGCCAAUGAAACCCUCCUAUAUGCCUCAGAUGCUGUUGAGAAGUUUAGCGACAGUUUGGAAAUAAUAACGAAUUCUUCUAAACCAAACUUGGCAUAUCUGAGCAUCCCAAAACCGGCAGAAAACACAAAUUGUAAUUUUCUUUCUUGGUUGAGCAUGGCAGGUACUGCGAUGGAACAUUUUCACUGGACUAAAGAAAACCAAGCAUGUGGAGCCCGGAAAUAG